CCGGGUUGGAAGCGGGGCAGAGAGCGGGCUCGCCGCCCCGCCGAGCCUACGCGCUUUGAGCCACGCGGCUCGCUUCGAAAGGCGAUUCGGCCAACUCACGACGACGGCUUUGACUGCACGCGCGCGAUGGGCACGGACUAGCGGGGCGCACGGUGACGUUCGCGUGCGUGCGUGCGUGCGUGCAGAUCUCUCCACGCUCGUGUUCGUCGCCGUGUCGCUCAACGGAUUCGGAGGGAUGUGCAUCAACGUCUCGGGCCAGAUGCUGGCUGAAAUGUUCCAGACGAUAUCCAACGUGUUCUCCGCCCUUUUGCUGGGUUCCUUCUGCUCGGCAGCCUUCACCAUGACCAUCCUCAAGGUCAUGUACGAGGCCGGGGUCCCCUUCAUCUACAUCUGCCUGGGCUGGGCCCUGCUGGCCGUGGUCAUCUUCCUCAACGCCAUGUUCGGCUGGCCCGAGGAAGCCAUGACGGGCCCCGCGCACAUGAACCACUCCAUCCGACUGAAGCUGAGUUUUCGCGGCUCGCAGCGUGGCACGCAGGGCAAGGAGUUCUACGCUCAGAUGGCCGCCAUGGGCUACCGUCUGCGGCCCGACCUUCGCGAGCAGCACUCCCUGCUGCAGUCCGCUGACCGCACCUCCACCGAGCGCAGCCUGGCGUUCAUGAGGAGCAUCUUCACCCCCGUGAUGCUGUGGAGCAUGGUCACGAUGGCCGUGACCCAGCUGCACCUGACCUUCUACCUGGGCUCGCUGGGCAGCCUCCUGCCCGGAGGGCCCGCGGACACGGAGCUCUACGUGACGGUGUUUGGGCUGCUGCAGCCGCUCUGCCUGCUCGUGUGCCCUCUGCUGGGUCACCUGCUCAUGCGGGAGACAGCUGCCUCCAGGGCCGACCCGGCCGUCGCUGAAAGCGAGGAGGAGCGGGAUCUGUCCAGGAAGAUCACCAAGGUGCGCAGAGCGAUGUGCGUCUUCUUCACGACCAGUGUGCUGCUGCUGGCGUUCGGCAUCACGAGCCUGGUGCCCAACCUUCACCUGCAGAUCGCCACGUUCAUCCUGCACACCGUGGACCGCGCGGCCGUGGCCAUGGCAUGCAACGAGCUCUACACAGCGGUGUUCCCCGAGUCGCACUUUGGGUACCUGAACGGAGUCCAGUUCCUCGCCAGUGCGCUGGUGACGCUGCUGCAACACCCGCUGCACCUCGUCCUGGUGGACGACACUCUGGCAGACAGCGCACUCUGGGUGAACGGCCUCCUGCUGGCGGUCUCGGUGCUGAGCCUCGGCCUGCCCUUCUACCUCCUCUACUACCAACGGCGGCUGGCGAAGGAGCUAGGAGAAAAUUCGGCCGUUUGCAGUCAGCCGACCUUGCCGGAAGAGGCCCAUACAACCAAGUAGAGGUUUGGGGGGGGUGGGAAGGAGAAAGUCCCAGGGGGUGGCGGUGAGGGAUGGACAAGGUGACAGGUUGACACGUCCUGAAAUUAAUUGGGAGGCAUGGCCCGAAUUUUGGAGCAAGGAUUUUGAUUCCUCUUAGCCGCGAGAGCUGCGUGUGAUGAUGAACCGAAAUUCUGAAGUUAAUGUCUGCCGGGAUAUGCAAUGGCCUGUGUGGCUCGGGGCAAACAGAUGUUGAGUGAUCCCUACAAGUUGAGUGAUCCCUACAAUAUAUUGAGUCUUUGAUAUUGCGAUCGGGUUAAAAUUAGUGCUGCGUUUCCGAGUAUUAUUACACUGAUUAUCGGUUCGACUGUUAAACGAAUCGAUUGACAUCAACGCAGUGGUGGGGGAAAAGUUUAAAUAAAUAAAACUCUGCACGCCACAUAUGCCGCUGGAUGGGAGAUGAUGGGCGGAGAUCGGUGAUGCUAUUGGCAUUAUAUGCACGUGUGUUUAACUUCUUUUGCACCAUACGUAACCAACCGUGCUAAUUAGAGGUGCUGCGGAAGGACAUACAACUAAACACAAAAAGCAGUUCUAAAGAAAUGGGUUUUCAAUUUAUAUUUAAAAUUGUAUAGCUCCAGUGGCUUCUUCCUAAUAUCAGAAGGAAGAGCGCUUCAGACGGCCGCAGAAGCGCAUCUGAAAGUGGUGCAAUGCGGUGAAGUCCGUCUUUGGUUGAUGGCCGAGCCAAAAGCCGCCGCUGCUGUGAGGAUGAGCGGAGUGUCGCGUGAACCCGCGCCAUGCUGGGCGUGGCUGUUUCCUGCCUUCCUGCCUACAGUGAGGGAAAAAAAAUAUUUGAUGCCCUGCUGAUUUUGUACGUUUGCCCACUGA